GUUAACGAAAUACGUCACGCUUUUGAGGAUUAUAUAAAAGUUGUUCAACAUACAGAAUCUUCAUUAGGGACUUACGAAAGUGAAAUAAAAUUGAGAUCGCCAGAGCGACAUAGUGAAAGAGGUGUGAAUAAAAUUGAUGAUUUGACAUCAGUAGCAGAUGAUAGCCAGCACUCAGAAAGCGAAACUUCAGUUGCUGUUUCACUUUGGAAAAAUCCUUCAGAAAGUCUUGAAUUAUCGCGGAGAAAAAAUGUUCAUGCUGCGCAGUCAAAAAUGAAAUCUGAAUUAUUUUCAAAUAAUUACGAUGAAGAAUAUGACAAUGAGGAAGAUGAAAAAAUCAACUCGAAAGCUAAUUCUGGUUUAAAAGUGCAUGAGACCAGGGAAAUUCCAGUCCAUUCAUUGACAGAUUAUAAACUGACAGCAUUGGCAACAAAUAAAAACAUUAAAAAAGUAUUCAAACAAGAAUUUUAUGGUCAACAGGAAAUUUACAAUAAUUAUGAUCAAGGUAUUUGA